ACUCAAACUGUUUGGCUGGGACAUACCCCUGCUGACGUUCUCUAGAGCUGUUUGCCUAGGGCUGGAAACAGCAGCUGCUUCACCUCUGUUCACACAGCUCCUCCUGCAAAGAACAAAUCACUCUCCUCAGCAAUCCAAGACAGCAGCAAGCCAUGCUUUCGGCAUACUACACCCAGCUUGUCAUCCUGAGCAAUGUAUGGUGUUUCAUUCGUGGGACUGCUGUGGCCAUUCCAGAGGUUGCAGUGACAUGUACAGAAGAAGCGCUGCUGCCCUGUGAAGCUCCUCGGGACUCACAAGUCACCUAUGAGGCAGUGUCCUGGCAUAAAAUUGUUGGAAAUGGUGAAGAACUGGCAGAGAUGGUACGGAAGAACCUUGAGAAUGGUGUGGAAUAUUACUAUCCAAAAGAACUUAAUGGAUCCUUGCAGCUCUCCAGUGACACCUCAUAUUCCUUGAGAAUCACAAACACUACUAGCCACAACAGUGGGACGUAUGGGUGCAUCUUGUGGGCACCAGCUGGAAAACACAACCAAAGUGGCACAAUCAUAUUAAAAGUAACAGGUUGUACUGAACGAUUAGAUGAAAAAAUUAAAAAAUACAGAGCGGAACUUUUAUUGCUGUCCUGCCUUGGGAUUUUUUACUUGCUGCUCAUCUUUUUUACCUGUACAUGCCUAAAAAAAGAGAACAUGCUUCCAGGUUAUCAUAAACACAGAAGAGAACAGAAACACACACUUAUCCUUGUCAGUGCACAAGAAAAGAAGAUUAUCCAGUGUUUAGGCAGCAACAGCACUUGCAAAAAUGGACCUAAUUUGAGUUCUGGCCAACCUGAUGUAGUUUAAGAAACUGUGGGCUCAUUAAUAAACACGUCAUGAAGAUGGAUGGUUGGGCAACAUAGAGAGGAAAUAAAAGCUAACAUACUGCCUCUUCAGGGUAGCCCGAUAGCUUGGGUAAUCUGUCAAAUACCUGCUUCUGCUGGACAAGUCUUCAAAGAGUAUCUU